UGCUCCAUCAUUGGUGUCAGUGGGAGGAAUAGCAGCCCAUCAUUGGUAUCAGUGGGAGGAAUAGCACCCCAUCAUUGGUAUCAGUGGGAGGAAUUGCACCCCAUCAUUGGUGUCAGUGGGAGGAAUAGCGCCCCAUCAUUGGUGUCAGUGGCAGGAAUAGCGCCCCAUCAUUGGUAUCAGUGGUCAGGAAUUGCGCCCAUCAUUGGUGUCAGUGGGAGGAAUAGCGCCCCAUCAUUGGUAUCAGUGGCAGGAAUUGCGCCCCCAUCAUUGGUGUCAGUGGGAGGAAUUGCGCCCCAUCAUUGGUGUCAGUGGGAG